AUGUCCGCAAGUAAAGCAGAAGACGAAGAAAAAGAAGAAAAUUCUCCCGAGUACGAAUUUGCGACGGGAACGACGCUCCAUGGUCUAAACAAGAUCGCAGACGCCCCAAACUGGGGAGCCCGUCUGAUAUGGACCUGCAUUUUCCUCGGGUGCCUUGGAUAUGCCUCUUACCUGAUAACAGAAACUUUCCUGGCGUAUUUCUCUUAUGACACUGUCACAGACGUGUCUCUCAAGUUUGAGAAAUCUAUGGACUUCCCAGCUGUCACCUUCUGUAACUUCAACAAGUAUGCCUUCAGAAAGGUAGCCGGCAAUCCUAGAAUCAAUGUCUACUUGGAGCCGCUGUAUGCCUUCCCCAAACGGUUUGGCCUAGUUGGAACGGGGGUCUUCUACAAUGACGGCCCCACACCUACACCGACCCCAACUCCUUUCUACUACGACUUGGCCGGCAUCACUGAGUACGCCGGGUUCCAACUGCAGGAUGGGUUGGUCGAUUGUUCCUGGAGAGGGGAACCUUGCGGCAUUAAGAACUUCACCCGCACACUGUCCCAGUUCGGCAACUGUUACGUCUUCAAUGGCGACAUCGGGACGGAAUCCGUCAAACAGACCAUCUCCGGGUCAGGCAACGGGCUUCACCUCGUCAUAAAUGUGCAAGCUGACCAAUACUCAGAAGAUCCAACUCAAGGCGGGUCGUCCGACGUGGGGUUAAAAGUUCAUGUUCAUCCCCGAGGGGAGCCCGCCAAGAUGGACACACAGGGCAUCGCCAUCGGGCCGGGAACACAUGCCUAUGUGGGGAUAUCGAAAAUUAAGUAUAAAAAUGAGAUUCCUCCGUGGGGAAAGUGUGAAGAGAAGGAACUGCAGCAUUUUGACACCUACACCCUGACGGGCUGUCUGCUGGAGUGUAGGGCGCACUGGGUGGAGACCAUGUGUAACUGUACCGCCAUGGAACUGCCAGGGAACAUGGAGAUCUGUGAGCCUCUUACAGUCGUGAAUUGUGUGACGUCAGUCUACAACCUGAUCACUCGGGGCCGCCUGCCGUGCCAGUGCCCGACCCCGUGUGAGCUGGGUACGUACGGCAAGUCUGUGUCCUACGCUGGCUGGCCCAACCCUGGAGCUGCCAUGAGCCCUUCCUUAAUAGACAAGCUGGGACAGGACGAAUUUUUGGAGAGAAACUACUGUGCGUUCGACGUCUUCUAUAAGUCGCUGAACAGCAAGUCGAUCAUCCAGAAGAGGGCGAUGACGGAGGAAGACCUGCUCAGUGCGAUCGGCGGCUCUCUGGGCCUGUUCAUCGGCGCCAGUAUCAUCACUGUGGCGGAGAUAGUGGAAUAUCUCAUCACCAGACCCUUCAAGCGUCUCUGGAAAAAGAAGUAA